AUGGCCGUGUCGUCUCUGCCGGCCGCAGCGGCGCUUACGGCGUUUCGGAACCGGCAUGACUGGGAGUCCGUGAGAGAGCUGCUGGGGUUCACAAUCUCUCAGGUGCUGGAGGAGUAUGAGACAGAGCGCGUGGCAGGGGUGGGUCCUCCUCGCCCGCUGCCAUCAGGGGAGACGUUUGCCGAGCUGAGCGAACGCAUUCUCUCCUACCUUGAGGCAUUCACAGACGGGCCACCCUUCACCAUCCAGCGCAUUUGCGAGGUGCUUCUCAACCCCCGAGCCACCUACACCAAUCUGAACCGCGUUGCCUUUGCUCUCGAGAAGUCUCUCCUUUUAUUCGCCUACCUCUGCUGUCCUGCCAAUUGCGUUGGGCUUUUUCCUCCCUCUCUUCCUCACCCCCUCUCCCUCUCUCCCUCCCCCUUUCCCUCUUCCCUUCCCCCAACCUCCCCCCUGCAGCUGCUCCUGGUGACCUCCUCCGCCCCACCCCCCACAGCCCCGUUCCCCGCCCUCCCCCUCCCCCCCUCCCAUCUCCACCGCCUCUACCGCACCUCCCCUUCCUCCUCCUCCCCAUCCUCCCUCCCUCCUCCCUCCCAAACCUCCCCACCACCCUCAAAACCCCAGCUUCCCAACCAGGGAGGCAGGGCGAGGCAAGAGGGGGGAGCAGCAGGACAGGCGGGAGAGGGUGGGGAGGGGGGUGGAGGGAAGGGGGAUGAGGAGGAGGGAGGGGAGGGGGGAAAUGCAGCAAUGGAGACAGAUGAGAGGGGGGGUGGAAGGCCAGGUUCCCCGGACAUCGCCCCGCACUCGCCUGAGUUUGCAGGGUUCUUUCGAGAAGUGGUGGUGGAGGAAGCAGCCAUGGAACUGGGUGGGGGCGGUGGGGGUGGUGGGGCAGGUGUUGGGGCGGGUGGUGGGGCGGGUGUUGGGACGGCGGAGGGCGGGGCUAGGAGCAGCGGGGGGGCUCGGGAUGAGGGGGUGGGUAGUGGCUCUGCUGGUGGUGGGAGCGGCGGUGGGAGUGGCUGUGGGAGUGGCGGUGGCGAGGGAAUCGGUGGGGGCGAUGCGGGCAGCAGGGGGAGAGGAGCGAGUGGUAGUGAUGGUAGGGAGGGUAGGGUGGGAGUGGGGAGGAUGGAUGAGGGAAAGGAGGAGGAUGGGGAGAAGGAGGAGAGGGGUGGGUCUGGAAAGGGUGCUGGGGAGAAAGGCGAGGGUGGGAGUGAGAGAGUGAGGGAGGGAGGGGAGGAGGAGAUGGAGGAGGAGGAGGAGGCGAGUAAGUGGCUGGUGGAUAACCCCCCUCCUGUUGCCUUUGGACCCGUGUCUCCCACGAGGGAGGAAAGCAGGGAGGGGAGGAGAGAGGAGGGAAGGGAGGAAGAGAAGGGGGAGGAGGAGAUGAAGGGGGAAGGAGGGGGUGACAUGAAGGUGGAAAGAGGGGGUGAUAUUCGAGUGGAGUGUGAGGAGAAGGCAGUAGAGGGGGAGGAGGAUGGGGAUGGUGGGAGUGCGGAAGGAGAGGACUUGGCGGGACAAGGGCAGGGAAAGGAGGGAGGGGAGGGUGAGCAGAUGAGUGUAGAUGGAUGA